AUGGCUUUUUCCUCCGGAGACAAAUUAGAGAAAUUUGUCCAACCUGCAAUUCCCAGAUUCGAUGGUUAUUAUGAUCAUUGGUCUAUGCUAAUGGAGAAUUUUCUUAGAAGUAGGGAGAUGUGGAGCAUGAUCGAGGACGGGAUACCACCAACACCGGCUGCUGCACAGACAAGUGAUGCUCAGAAAAAGGCUGUUGAUGAUGCCAAGUUAAAGGAUAUGAAGGUGAAAAACUUUCUAUUUCAAGCUAUUAACAGGGAGAUCCUUGAGACCAUCCUUGACAAGGGCACUUCAAAACUCAUUUGGGAAUCCAUGAAGAAAAAAUAUGAAGGUUCCACCAAAGUCAAAAGAGCUCAACUUCAUGCCUUGAGAAGGGAGUAUGAACUACUCUCCAUGAAAGAUGGAGAACGUGUUGAUGCCUAUUUAGCCAGACUAUUGGUUAUUGUCAACAUAACGAAAGCUAACGGUGAAGUUCUGGGGCAAGCUGCUGUGGUGUCUAAGGUUUUGAGAUCUCUUCCCUCUAAAUUCAAUUAUGUAGUAUGUUCAAUUGAGCAGGCCAACAACACUGAUACAAUGAACAUUGAUGAGCUUCAUAACACACUUUUGGUUCAAGAGCAACGACCACUUGGUCAACAAGAGGAGGAGCAAGCAUUGAAGAUUGCAGAGGUAAAGAAAGGGCACUGGUCUACUUCUAGAGGAAGACGAGAAUCAAGGGGUGGUUAUAGAGGAAGAGGCAGGUCUAUGGGAAGAGGAUCGUUUAACAAAGCAUUGGCAGAGUGCUACAAUUGUCAGCGCUUAGGCCAUUACCAUUAUGAAUGCCCUGACCAUGAGAAGAAGGCUAACUAUGCUGAAGAUGAUGAUGAUACUGAGGAGAUGGUGUUGAUUGGCCAUUGUAACAUCAGGAAGAAGAGAACAAAUCAGACAUGCUUUAAUGUUGAUGAUGAUGCCUCACAAGAUCAAAUUUGGUUUAUUGACUCCGGAUGCAGUAACCAUAUGAGUGGAAACAAGGCUUGGUUUUGUGAUCUUGAUGAGGAUUAUAGGCACUCCGUGAAGCUCGGCAACAACACAAGGAUGGAAGUGAUGGGAAAAAGGAAUGUGAGGAUGCAUAUCAAUGGUAUCACGCAGGUAAUGACUAAUGUGUACUAUAUUCCUGAGUUAAUGAGUAACCUACUAAGUGCAUGUCAGAUGCAAGAAAAAGGAGUAGCAAUUCUCAUCCAAGAAGGAGUGUGGAAGAUAUUUCACCCAAGGAGGGGAUAUUAUGGAAUCCAAGAUGAGUGCCAACCGCAUGUUUAUGAUUGCUACCAAUGUGGUACCUACUGA